UCUGCCUUCAUUGGUUUAUAAAUGCCUCUGCACUUAUGAUUGGCCCUGACUUUUUUAUUCUCACACAUGCGGGGGUGGAGCCGACAGUAGCGGACACUCAAAAGCUACUUUCCUGCAACCUUCAGUCAGAAGGCAGCAGCUUUCAAACAGCUCUUGUUCUUUUGACCGAUACUUGAGGUAAUCUUCUGGAGGAAAGAUGUCAGGCUCCUUCAGGCGUCUGAUCUCCGGCCGCAACACUGCGGUGCUGCUGGCAAGCUUGGGAGCAGGGACGAUGGCUACGGGGGCGUUCCUGAAUGAGAACAACUCUCUGGCUGCAGAGACAAAGAGAAAGCUCUACCCUCCCAGUUCCGACUUCCCUGACCUGAGGAAACACAACAACUGCAUGGCCGCGGCUCUCACUCCAGCUGUUUAUGCUAAACUGAGGGACAAGUUGACUCCCAACAACUGGACCCUUGACCAGUGCAUCCAAACUGGGGUUGACAACCCUGGUCACCCUUUCAUUAAGACAGUGGGCUGUGUUGCUGGUGACGAGGAAAGCUAUGAGGUAACAGAAGCA